AACUAAAUAUUUAUACUCUGUGCUGAAUAUACUUGAAGUAGUUCCCACUUGAAGUGCUAUAACUCUGAUUAAUGUAAUGGAAAAUAAAGCAGAUAAUAUUGAUCCAACUGAAAUGGAAUCCCAUAUGCCAAGUACCUCCGUCAAACAAAUUAAAAUAUGGUCAAACACCGAAACGAACCAACUGUUGAGUCUUUAUAAAAGUUUAAUAAGCGAAGUUGGUAAAAGAUUUGCAAAUCAAAAAGAAAUGUGGUUCGAAAUUUCGACUCACUUUCCAAACAUGACUACUCAACAAUGUCUCUCAAGAUUAAGGACUGUAUUUAAAAGAAAGAAAAAAGGAAUUAAAAAAGUCUAUAUAACGAAGGCUAAAAGAAAUACGAACCAUUUGGAAACUAAAGGUGAUGAAUUCGGUAUCGUCAGAAUACAUAAUAUGGAAUUUAAACCAGACGAUAUUCCAAGUCAUGUCAAAAACAUCCAAGUAUGGUCGAGCAGUGAAACUAAGCAAUUAAUGGAACUUUACAAAAGUUUAAUUUGUGAUGUUGGUCCACAAAAAAGGUUUUCGCAAAAAAAGGAGAUGUGGUCGGAAAUCUCUACACACUUUGCAAAUAAGGAUCCUAAGCAAUGCGAAACACGAUUCACGCAUAUUCUAAAUAAACAAAGAAAAGGAUACAAUGCCUUUUCUAUACAAUACAUCAGAGGCAAUACUGUGAGGUCAAAAAAUAGAAAAACCUACAAAAGCAUUACCAAUGAUAGAGAGGUGAAUGAAUAUGAAAAUAAUGAACGUAACACACAAGAGAAAAAACUGCUUGCUGCCACAGAACUGAAAGAGAAACCCAUUCAGGAGACUUUGCUGGAGCUAGCUGCUAAGAAAGAAGAAGCUAAUGAAAGACGUCAUAGAGAAAACAUGGAGGUUUAUAAAAAUAUGAAACAUGUAUUGCAACAAAUUUUAGUUAGUAAAAAAUAAACUAUGUAUAUUUCUCUAUAUUAAA